AUGGCUCCUCUCAAGGCCCUCCUGGCCCUGGCGGCCGCCGCCGUCGCAGUCGAAGCCCGCCUCAUGUCUCGAGCAGCCAACUUCGUCUCGGGCGUCUCGAUGGUCAAUAUGGCUGCCGAAGGCGAGCAGAUCAACCUCCAGAUCGGCCUGAAGCUGCAAAACAUUGACAAGCUCGAGCCCAUGCUCAAGGACGUCUCCGACCCCGACAGCCCCAACUACGGCAAGUACCUCUCGGCGGCGCAGGUCAACGACAUGUUCAAGCCGGCAGAGCAGUCCGUCGCCGCGGUGCAGGCGUGGCUCGCUAAGGAGAACGUCAAGGACGUCUCGUAUACCGACGGGGGCCGCUUCGUCAACUUCGCGACGGACGUGGGGACUGCGAACAGAAUCCUCGGAGCCAACUUUGCCUACUACGACGUUCAGGGCACGAUGAAGCUGCGCACGCAGCAGUACUCUCUCCCCGACACCAUGGCGGAGCACAUUGAGCUCGUGACACCCACGACGUACUUUGGAAAGAUGAAAUCGGACCCCGCGUUCGCGGCCCCGAUGCCGGCCGGUGCCAUGCCGCCAAUGCCUCCCCCGCUGGCUCGCAGACAGGGACAGAACCCCCCCGGCGCCACCGCGAACUGCUCCAAGGCCUUCACCCCGGCCUGCUUCGAGCUGGCGUACAACUAUGGCGCCUACCAAGCUGACCCCGCCGCCGGCAGCCGCGUCGGCUUUGCGAGUUUCCUGAACCAGUCUGCGCGCCAGGACGACCUCACGGCGUUCCUGACACGCUUCCAGCUGCCGCCGCAGAGCUUCAAGAGCGUGCUCGUCAACGGAGGCCAGGACCACCAGGACCCCAAGGGUCAGAUCGGCGAGGCGAACCUGGACGCGCAGGUGAUGGCCGCUGCGGUCAAGAACCUCCCCAUCACCCAGUUCAUCACCGGAGGCAAGCCGCCUUUGGUCCCCAACCUCCGCACGCCGACGCAGGCCGACAACCAGAACGAGCCGUUCUUGGACUUUUACCAGUUCAUGAUGACGCAGGAGAAUGCUGCCAUCCCGCAGGUGCUCUCUGUUUCGUACGGCGACGACGAGCAGACGGUGCCCAUCGAGUACGCCACGCGCGUGUGCAACCUCAUCGGCAUGAUGGGCCUCCGCGGUGUGACUGUUCUCGAGUCUAGCGGUGACACUGGCGUCGGCGCCCCCUGCCGCGCCAACGACGGCAGCAACGCUCCCCAGUUCACGCCGACCUUCCCCGCCACCUGCCCGUACAUCACCGCCGUGGGAGGCACGCAGGCGUUCGGCCCCGAGAUCACGUGGGUCGCCUCCGGCAGUGGCUUCAGCAACUACUUCAAGCAGGCGUGGUACCAGGAGGCCGCGGUGACCUCGUACCUGGCGACGGGCAUCUCUCCCGAGACCAAGAAUUACUACGAGCCGUUCGCCAACUUCACCGGCCGUGGGUUUCCCGACAUCUCAGCUCACUCCGCCAGCCCGCCGUUUCCGAUUGUCAACGCGAACCGGCUCGUCGGCACGGGAGGAACGUCCGCCUCUGCCCCGCUGGUUGCCGGUCUGGUUGGCCUUCUCAACGAUGCUAGGAUCCGUGUCGGCCAGCCGACGAUGGGCUUCAUGAACCCCUGGUUGUACAAGCGAGGAUUCCGGGGCCUGACGGACGUGAACACGGGUGUCGCGCAGGGCUGCGGCGGUGUGGACUUGCAGUCUGGAAAGCCGUUGCAGGGCGCCGGCGUCAUUCCCUUUGCAACAUGGAACGGAACUCAGGGCUGGGAUCCUGUGACGGGACUGGGUCUCCCUAAUUUCGAGAUGAUGAAGACGAUUGCUCUGAUGAAGUGA